UAUUCUAGCUGGUUAAUUAGUGGAAAAUGUAAACAAACAAUUAAUUAUCUUUCUCUGUAUAAGUGUCUAUCAUCCCAAAGGAAGUGUUUGUCCAGAGGAAAUGUGAAAUCCAAAUACUGACCACUACAAACCCACAAAUGUGACUCAAGGUUGUCAAUCAAACGCAAUCGUUUACUUUGUUUACAGUUACAUUUUUUUUUUCUUUGUUUAUCUUCAUCAUCAUAUUAAUUGUCUUUAUCAAAUUGAUUACACAGUCUAAUCAGUAAUUAGUUUAAAUACCUAAUAGUUAAAGGGAGAAAGUGAUAGAGUGAGAGAGAGAGAGUGAGUGAGCUUGAAAGAGUAACAAUGUUGCCCUUUGUCAUUUUGUCCCUUAUGAUGUAACCCUUUUCAUUGGAAUUGUUUACUUUUUUCCUCUCUCUCUCUCUCUAUGGUAAUUAUAUUGUGCUAAUUAAUCACUUAAAUUGUGAAACUUAAGUUACAUUUGAUGGUCAAUUCUAGUGUCCAGUUUGUGUCCAUCAUCAAAUUAUUCAAAUAAUUUUAAUUGAUUUUAAAUUGAUUACUUAUAUUUAUGUUGAUUAUUCGGGACAAUUAUGUCAUUAAUUACCAAUGGAUCAACUGUUGAUUGUCCAUCGAUACCUGAUGAUGCCAGUUUUAAACACUUUCUCCAUAGUCUUAAGUGUUCACUCACAGCGACUGAUAGUUUUCAUCGAUUUAUUCAAUUCUCAUCAUCAUCUCAUGGAUCUGUGAUCGGAGAAAAUUUGUCAACAAUUAAAUCUAUAUUAAUACAGAUUAUCCUUAAAUUGUUAUCAUCUUUUAAAUUUAAAUUUACUUCGUUAAUUGAUUGUCAUGGCCUCGGGCCAAGGCCUGGAUUCACUGAGAUGUUACAUCAAAUGGAUAAAUAUUGUAUCAAUGAUACUCACCAUUGGACGUUAAUUGUUGAAGAGACAAGGAAAAGUUUGGAUAAAUUUAGUUCAGUAAAUAAGGCCAAGUACGAGGAUUUGGUUCAAUUUGUUCAUUUGUCCGUUGACCAUUUAGUGGGACACAACAUCCGUCUUGACCUUGAAUCGUUUGCUGUUAUUUUCAACGUGAUUGCGAGUUCAAAGCCUUCAACAAACUUGACCACCAUGGGUCACAAUUUACCUUCAACCAUGUUAGACUUUACACCUUUGUCCAUCUUACCUGUUCGCAUAUUUAACAAUCAAGUUCGUGUAAUUAAAGAGGUUAAUUGUACCACUCCGCCCGGUUCACCGGCCACACUUCAUUCAAAGAGUUGCCUGUCCACUCAUCGCCGUAGGCUGAAUUGGGACGCACUUGAAGAUGAGCCCGAUGAUUCAUGUUCCACCCAAAAUAGUCAAUCAAUUAGCAGCAGUGAAACUGAUUCAUCGAUGACCGAUUAUAAACUAAUUCCAAUUAAAUUGUGGCAAAUUAAAAUCUACCAGCGACCCGUUGAUUACUCUUUUAAAUUGAACGAGUCGAAAAGUCCACUGGUCAUUCCGUUAGAAUGUACUACAACUACUGCUUGUGAUCCUCGAAUUGAGAAUCGUAUUGUUGUUGUUAUGAAAAAAAGUUCAAAUACCGUUAGGAAGGUCAAUACUAACGGAUCGAUUACCGUUAAUUUGACCUCGACAAAUAUUGUUACAACAGCGACAAUCACAUCACCCGAUCCGGAAGAUAAUCCUAAACCUGCUAAAAGAAAACGAAUCAUCUGGGAUUUAGAUUAAUCAUUUGGAUAAUUAUUUAUUCUAUUCUUAAUCAACCAUUAAUCAAUUUAAAUUAUAUAUCAAUGAUAAUCAUAAUUUGCCCGAUGCAUGUAAUUAUAUAAACAAUUGCGAAUAAUCAAAAUUGAUUGUGAUCUUUUUGCUCAUUUCUCCAUCAAUCUCACAUAUCAUCAUUAUCUCUUUCUAAAUUUGUAAUAUUUUUUUUUUCUCUUGUAUAAAAAAUAACACUUUAAUGUCCCCCUCAUGAAAA